AUGUCAAACUCUAUCGGCUUGGUGAAAGAUCUACUCGACCAAUGGACAAACUUAGCAGAAGACCGCACCGCGGCCACCACAGACGAAGCCGAGCCCUCAAAAACGCGAAGAGCAAACCAGCAGACACCGAAGGAAAGCAGUAACACCAAGAACAGGGCUGCAGAAGAUGCACAAGACGUCUGGAGAAAUAACUACUUUCAGUCACAAAAACGAGUGGGAGAGUUAGAAGCUGAACUGUCAAAGAUGAAGACUGCUGAGACGAAGUUGGCAUCUGGAAGGCCAGCUCCAGGAGACCAUGAUGAAUAUGAGACGAGAGGGUCUCCUCGAAAACCGUCUACUAAGAUGUCUGCUACACCUACGAAAGGCUCGAAUCGGAAGGAUGGCGAGUCACAAGAACAAGGCUUCAGAGGAUUACCUGACGGUGGUAAUGGCCGCGGCACACGAACCUACCAUUGCUCUACUGGUGGAGGACCAUUCGGCUUCUCAGAUCCAAAUGCCGGCCGUUCCAGCAGCGGCUUUAUUCCCCUUAAGCCAGAGAUAAGAGAGGAGAGUCCACCAAGAACUAGGAACUAUCCCGCAGCAACCUCGGCUAAAUAUCAGAUUGGUGAUCCGUAUUCGGACCCUGAGGCUGAUGAUUAUGAACGUACUUUCCGAGUCACAGGGUUCUAUGAUGGUUACGAUAAUCGUCGCUAUCUUCGUAGGACAGAAUCAUUGCCGGAGCUCGGUACGAGACGCUAUCAUCCCAGCCCGGAGCCCACUAGCAGAGAAGUUCCUGAUGGAUCGGUGCUGCGCGAGAAGAAUGUCGAGCAUCCUCCGGCUGACACAAGGAAAUCUGCUCGCGCUGCAACUCUGAGGCAAAAUUCCAUCGCAACGACGCAAAAAACCGAAUCAGGUCGAUUUGAGGACCGACCUUCACCACAAUCACUACGCGAUACUCCACCCAGUCGCGCUGCACUCAGUUACUGGCCUAUCCAUGUAGAAUCGCCUCGACAUUCUAUGCGACCCAAGGAAACACUCGAACGUUCUCGGGCUGACGCAAAGAAAUCUUCCCGCAGUGCUGCUUCCAUGCAGGAUCCUCCUGACUUGGACGCGGUAGUAGACCGGCGCCGACACAAGCAGACAAAGAGAUCAGGGCACAGCUCUCACCCGAAAUGA